AUGUCUGAACAAAAUAAUAGUGGAUCUGGUUUUCGAUCUGCUACAACAAAUUUGGUUUAUGAUUCCACUUCUUCAACAAUGAAUUCUGAAGACCCUCCUUCUAUGUUUAUUCCUGAUGAUGUUAUUGAAGAAAGCUUAAAUAAAUGGAAAUUUAGCUUGAUUGGGAGAUUAGAUUUUGUUAAGCUUAAGAUGAAUAUUGCAGCUACUUUACUGAAACAACAAUGGUCUCUUAAGGGUUCUUUACAGUUCAUACCCUUAGGAAAAGGAUUCUUUAUCAUCAAGCUAGAUAAUGAAGAUGAUAGAAAACAUAUUUGGCAAGGUUUAUGGAUGGUGGAAGAACAAACUCUGAAAAUUAGACCAUGGGAACCUAACUUCAAUCCUGAAACUCAGAAAACUUCAUUAGCUUAUGUUUGGGUCACUUUUCCUGGUUUAAGCAUUGAGUACUGGAAAGAAAGCAUUCUUCUACAGAUGGGAAACAAAUUGGGGAGAGCUGUUAAAGUUGAUGAAAUUACUCUAAAAAGAGAAAUAGGAUAUUAUGCAGGUGUUCUAGUUGAAGUUGAUUUUUCAAAGUAUAUCCCAAGCAAAGUAGUUGUUGAGUACAAGUAUGGUAAAUUUGAACAAGUUGUUCAACUCUUGAAGAAACCAAAAUUCUGCAAUCACUGUCUAAUUGUGGGUCACUUAACUGCUGAAUGUAGAAUCAAAAGAAGUGAAUGUUUUGAAAAACAAACUGAAGUUGUGAAGGAAAAGGCAAAAAAACAAUGGAGAAAAAAAACUUCUCAAGUUCGAACUAGUUUUGACAUAUGCUUUACUCAAGCUGAGAAAGAAAAAGACCACAUAAUUGAACAAAUUCAUGAUCAACUCUUAAGUGAUAAUGAAGAGAUUGAUGCAAUAAUACCUCAUAUUCAAAGUGAGCACGCCUCUGGUAGAUUUCAUAUCUUACAAAACCAAACUGAAGAAUUCAGGGGGUCUAUUAACUCACAUGAAGAAUUUCCAACUCUUUCAGUAGAUAAAAUUAUUGCAAUGGUUUCAAGUGCUCCUUCAAUAGCCAAUGUGGUUAAUAUUCAACCUCCUAUUGGAACUCCAGUUUUACAACUUCAGUCUAUCUCUCCAAAUAUUAAAUCUAAGGAAGCUGAAGAUUGUUUCAAGUGA